GUGUGGCAUCCUGCUCAAAUGCCCCUGCAGCAGAAGCAACCGACCGCCGUGCCCCAGCAAGUGUGGCAUCCUAAUCAAAUGCUGCAAAAGCAACCGACCGCCGUGCCCAAGCAAGUGUGGCAUCCUGCUCAAAUGCCCUGCAGCAGAAGCAACCGACCGCCGUGCCCCAGCAAGUGUGGCAUCCUGCUCUAAUGCCCCUGCAGCAGAAGCAACCAACCGCCGUGCCCCAGCAAGUGUGGCAUCCAGCUCAAAUGCCCCCCAGAAGCAACCGACCGCCAUGCCCCAGCAAGUGUGGCAUCCAGCUCAAAUGCCCCCCAGCAGAAGCAACCGACCGCCGUGCCCCAGCAAGUGUGGCAUCCAGCUCAAAUGCCCCUGCAGCAGAAGCAACCGACCGCCGUGCCCCAGCAAGUGUGGCAUCCAGCUCAAAUGCCCCUGCAGCAGAAGCAACCAACCGCCGUGCCCCAGCAAGUGUGGCAUCCAGCUCAAAUGCCCCUGCAGCAGAAUCAACCAACCCUGUGCCCCAGCAAGUGUGGCAUCCAGCUCAAAUGCCCCAGAAGCAACCGACUGCCAUGCCCCAGCAAGUGUGGCAUCCUGCUCAAAUGCCCCUGCAGCAGAAGCAACCGACCGCCGUGCCCCAGCAAGUGUGGCAUCCAGCUCAAAUGCCCCAGAAGCAACCGACUGCCAUGCCCCAGCAAGUGUGGAAUCCAUUUCACACACUGCAGAAGCAACCGACCGCCGUGCCCCAGCAAGUGUGGCAUCUUUCUCAAAUGCCCCUGCAUCAGAAGCAACCUGCCCCUGAACCUCAGCAGAAGGAACUGACUGCCAUGCCACAGCAAGUUUGGCAUCCAGCUCAAUUUCCCCAGCAGAAGCAACUGGCCCCCAUAGCUCAGCAACCUCAGCAGGUGUGGCAUCCAGCUCAAAUGUCCAAGAAUCGAACAGCCACUGAACCUCAGCAGCAGAAGCAACCACCCACCACGUCCGAGCAAGCGUGGCAUCCAGCUCAAAUGCCCCUGCAGCAGAAGCAACCGGCCACUGAACCUCAACAGAAGGAACUGACCGCCAUGCCCCAGCAAAUGUGGUAUCGAGCUAAAAUGCUCCAACAGGAGAAUCAUCUGGCCGCCAUUCUCCAGCAGCCUCCGCUCGUGUGGCAGCCAUCUCAAUUUCCCCAGCAGCAGAAGGAACUGGCAGUCGAGCAGCAGAAGGAACUGGCCGUCGAACCUCAGCAAGUGAGGUAUCCAGCUCAAAUGGCCCAGCAGCAACCCAACCCCAUUCCUCAGCAAUUUUGGCAUGUAGCCCAAAUUUCCCAGCAGCAACUGGCCCCAAAUUCUCAGCAGAAGCACUACGAAAGCACUGAAGAUGGGGCCUCUGGUAGUUCUCAGGCCAGCAUUGUUGAACAGUCGGGUGUCAUCCCAAUCUCUUCCUACAGUUCCAAAUCGCACUACAAGAAUGGCAGAACUGGAGUCUCCCAAAUUGACCACACUCCUAGGGAGGCAAUGCCUGUUGACAGUGGAAAUGCUCCCAAGGACGGUUAUGUUAGCAUUGGUGCACCAAGCAUAUAUCCAACACUAGUGAAGGAUUCUGCAAGGAAAAUAUAAUGGAUUCAUCCUCUAGAAGCUCUAAUGACCAGGAAGUUGCUGGUGCUCUUGCUACUCUAGUGUGAUGGAAUCAAUAAACAAUUUUAAUUUAAA